AAGUGCUCCAAUAUUUCAAAUAUGGAGGACUAUUAGUGCUUCAUAUAAAAGUUAAAGGACAAUUUUGGUUGUUUUCUGAAAAAACUGUAGACUUUCCAGAUCUGUUUGUAAUUUUCACUGGAAAAGCAGUUCACAAGAAAUGGCACGAGCAGGAGGAAUAACAAACGCAGUGAAUGUAGGGAUAGCAGUACAAGCUGAUUGGGAGAAUCGUGAAUUUAUAUCUCACAUUUCCCUCAAUGUCCGUAAACUCUUCGAUUUCCUUGUCCAAUUCGAGGCAACGACUAAGAGUAAAUUGGCAACACUGAAUGAGAAGCUUGAUACACUGGAACGUCGUUUAGAAUUGCUUGAAGUUCAAGUUAGAACAGCCACCGCAAAUCCAGCUUUGUUUAAUGUUUGAAAUGAUGCAGCAUUGUCCUAAUAUUCUGUUAUCUGUAAGCUACCUUUACUUAUGUGUUAUGAAUAGAUUGCUUUGUUUUGGAGAUCAUGUUUGUGAAAAGUCCUUAUUUUUAUGAAAUCGCAAUCAAAUGUGCCCCGAUCCGGAAUUAGUUAGGUUAGCUAUAUGAAUUUGUAUAAGAUUCCGCUCUAUUCAAGUCUAUUAUGUUCGGAUAGUAAAUAAUUUGUCGCAAUUUUUGUGGAAAUGAUUGGUGGAAUUUAGUAGCUGAAUGUUUGCAUA